AUGAAUGGCUCGGAUUGUGUGCAUCCGUUUGUGGCUUUGCAGGACUGUAUUAAAGCUAACCCCUAUGCAUUUUCCAAGGAUAUUUUUGAGGACGAUGAAGUCAAGAAAGAGGAAAAGCCAGCCCAAGAAUAUAAAAUCAUCCCUCCGGCUUGGUCUCUUUCGUCACCAAGCCCAAGACAUAGACUUUAG